GAAAGCCAGAGAAUCAUCCAGGAUGGAAUCCACCAUAAGGAUCAACAAUGCUGCAGACAUCUCUGUUAUUGUCAUCUAUUUUGUGAUAGUCCUGGCAGUGGGAAUAUGGGCCAUGUACUCAACCAACCGAGGGACAGUCGGUGGAUUCUUUCUGGCCGGACGGAGCAUGGUUUGGUGGCCGAUCGGUGCUUCACUCUUCGCCAGUAACAUUGGCAGCGGACAUUUUGUGGGCAUAGCAGGAACAGCAGCAGCUGGAGGAAUUGCCAUUGGAGGGUAUGAAUGGAAUGCUCUGAUAUUUGUGGUUGUUCUAGGAUGGCUGUUUGUACCCAUCUACAUCAAAGCUGGGGUGGUGACGAUGCCAGAGUAUCUGAGGAAGCGUUUUGGUGGGAAGCGGAUUCAGGUCUACCUGUCAAUCCUUUCACUGGUCCUGUAUAUUUUCACAAAGAUCUCAGCAGACAUAUUCUCUGGAGCCGUGUUUAUACAGUUGGCCAUGGGUCUGAAUCUGUAUGUGGCUAUUAUUAUCCUGCUUGUUAUUACUGCUCUUUACACCAUCACAGGUGGCCUCGCAGCUGUGAUUUACACAGAUACCUUGCAGACGUUUAUCAUGGUUGUGGGAUCUUUCAUUCUCAUGGGAUUUGCAUUUAAAGAGGUUGGAGGGUACGAUGCAUUCAUGGAGAAGUAUAUGAAUGCAAUUCCAUCCAAUAUCACCUAUGGAAAUAGCACAAUUGAUUCAGAAUGCUAUACUCCUCGAGCGGAUGCUUUUCACAUCUUCCGAGAUGCUGUCACUGGAGAUCUGCCGUGGCCAGGGCUCACGAUUGGUUUGAGCAUCCUUACUCUGUGGUACUGGUGCACAGAUCAGGUUAUUGUCCAAAGAUGUCUCUCUGGCAAGAACAUGUCCCACGUGAAGGCUGGAUGUGUGAUGUGUGGGUACCUGAAGCUCUUGCCCAUGUUUAUCAUAGUGAUGCCUGGAAUGAUCAGCCGAAUUUUGUAUGCAGAUGUGGUGGCUUGUGCUGUGCCUGAAGUCUGCCAGCAGGCCUGUGGCACCUCAGUGGGCUGUACAAAUAUUGCUUAUCCAAAAAUGGUAGUAGAACUUAUGCCAAAUGGUCUACGAGGUCUGAUGUUAUCAGUCAUGCUGGCAUCCCUUAUGAGCUCCUUGACUUCCAUUUUUAACAGUGCCAGUACGCUGUUCACUAUGGACAUUUACACCAAAAUUAGAAAACAACCGUCAGAGAAAGAGCUUAUGUUGGCUGGAAGGGCAUUUAUGGUGGUUUUAAUUGGCAUCAGCAUCGCCUGGGUUCCUGUGGUGCAGUCAGCUCAAAGCGGGCAGCUCUUUGAUUACAUUCAGUCAGUUACCAGCUACCUGGGACCUCCCAUUGCUGCUGUCUUCCUGCUUGCCAUCUUCUGCAAGCGAGUAAAUGAACAGGGUGCCUUCUGGGGCCUGAUAGUUGGGCUGCUGGCCGGGCUUGGUAGAAUGAUACCAGAGUUUGUCUACGGAACUGGUAGCUGUGUGGCCCCUUCCAACUGCCCGUUCAUCAUCUGUGGGAUUCACUACCUGUAUUUUGCAAUUAUUCUUUUUGGGGUUUCUGCCAUCGUUAUCCUGGCAGUCUCCUUCAUGACUAAGCCAAUUCCUGAUGUACAUCUUUAUCGCUUGUGCUGGACUUUGCGGAACAGCAAAGAGGAACGUAUUGAUCUCGAUGCAGAUGAUGUGGAGGAGAAUCCUGAUGAAAAAGAUAAGGAAUCAGUUUCAGAGGAGAGUGAAGACCCAGGAUGCCUAAAGAAAGCUUACAACUGGUUCUGUGGCUUAGAGCAACAAAAAGGACCCAAACUGAGCAAGGAGGAAGAGGAAGCAUUGAAGAAGAAACUGACUGACACAUCAGAAGUGCCACUUUGGAGGAAUGUUGUGAAUAUCAAUGGCAUCAUCCUACUGACUGUGGCUGUAUUUUGCCAUGCCUAUUUUGCAUAAGCCUCUGAUUGCAGUUCUGAAAUCGUACUGUAUUGUCAAGAAGAAACAAUGAGUUGUAAACUUACACAGAUUCAUUUAGUAUUUUCAUGCUCUAAGUUUGUAAAAAUCAGGGUAAUUUACUCACUGAUUCUGUGAUCAUAAUUUCAACAAUCUCAAGAUCAAGAAUGCUAGGAGUUCAAGAAAGGGAAUUUCCAUUUGGAAAUUGAAUCAGUCCAGGAUUAAUAGAGGUUCAGAAUUUUCAUCCUAUAUUCUCUCUUCUCACGAUACAUUUCAUAUUUUAGGUGCAGAACAAGACUGCACGAACCAUUGGCUCAUUUCAUGAGCCAUUUAUCAGGGUUUGUGAAUUAUCUCUUGGGGCCAAUGAUACUAUUUUAAUUUUCAACUCUU